AAAUCCUGGAUACGUCACCACUGUGUUUGCCGAGCGUAGAACAUUAGGGGUGCGGGCCCAAACAUUCAGACCCGGAACGUAAAUUAACACGCUGAAUUCUCCUGCCAUACCUGGCGACAACGCCCUUUGAACCCUUCUGAGAAAAAUCUGUGCCUCGUUCAAGAUGGACGUGCUCAGAAGGGUACGGUUGCCAUGCUGUUUGACAGUACUUGGCCUUGUCAUGUUAGUGAGGGUGGACGCAUCAGAACAUAACACAGCGUGUACCUUCGAUCUGGAGAACAAAGGGGAAAUAUGUUUCUAUCAGGAGUUCUUCUUCCCAGGCAACUAUUCUUUCGAGUUUCAAGUGAUCAAAGGCGGUCAGAGGGAUGUUGAUGUGGCUAUCGUGGCUCCGGACGACAGUCUCAUCUACAACAAAGAGCGGGAAAAGUCAGGCGUGCACAACUGGCAGACCUCCGUGGGCACCUACAAGUUCUGCUUCAGUAACGCUUUCUCGACGUUCAAUAGAAAGCUGAUCUACAUGUCCCUGAUGAAGCAAGAAACAGCGGUGCUAGCGGCAAGGAUGGGCACCAAGCGACCUGAUGACAUCUCAGCAUGGCUGUUUGUGGCAAAACAGAUCAAGGAGUCACUAGACAUCGUAGUAGAGCUACAGAAUAGAUACCGCCGGUAUGAAGCCGUGGACCGGAACAACGCGAUGUCGCUGAGUGCUCGGGUACAGGACUGGUCUCUGUAUCAAUCGGUGCUCGUUGUUGUGAUCGGCCUGGGGCAGAUGAUCGUACUGAAGACUUUAUUCACAGAGAAACAGACCAGGAGAUUCAGCAAGCCGUAGAAGUUGAAGAGUUAAACUGCUGUCCAAACCACAUAUCACUCAGUCAAAUCUGUUAGUGUACACUAACAUGCCAACGUUGGAUAUUCACAUUAGAAAAGUUUCAUUUAUGUACUUACGUUCUUUAUGCAUUAGACGAGUCACAUCAACUACGAAUAUUUAAUGGCAGAAUACAUUAGUUCCAUGCAAAAACAGCAUCAUUUAGCUUUAUAGUGCCCAGCCAUAGACAAUUAUAAUACCGACGGAAUUAACAUUUUUGAUAUGUGUCAGAGGAAAUCCUUAAAGAAAGUAAAACCAUAUGUUGAUGUUUUAAUCAAUAUGUUGUCACGCCCAAACACAUGUACAUGUCAUCCACACCAUCACCGAUCAUGUGGCAUCUGAUAUACCAUAGACAGCAACCAAGAACUACGAGAUAUUUUAAUUUGCUAAUAUACGUGUAGUAUACAUAUGAUAUGGGAAAUAAAGGCAUGA